UGAUUGAGAUGUACUUUGGUCUUUCAAAUGUUUUGUUCGUCAAAAGUUGCACAAUUUUGUGCAAAAACUAAAAAAUUGCAAAGUUGAACAUGUGUGUCUGUGAAUAGAUACAGAGGAGAUAACUGAUGCACAUUGUAUUAACAGUUAAAGAUACAUCAUCCAAUAAGCAGCCUGAUAUUUUAGAUGUCUACUGAUAACUCUGCACCUGGACAGUCUACUGUUUCCCAAGUUGAUUCAACAGAUGGCAAAAUAGAAACAAGUUCUACUGAAGAAACAGGUUCAGAAAAGCUAUGCAUGCCUACAGGAAACAGUGGACAAGUUGAAUUAGAUUGCUUGUCAAAUAAAAAGAAGAAAAAUAGGAAAAGAAAAAGCAAAGAAAGACCAAUUGCUCCUGAUGCCAUUGAUGUACUGCAGCCAGGUGUAAUUAUAUCACCUGAGGGCAUAGUGGCAUCAGGAUAUGAUCGUCAAUUGGACAUAGCUAGUGAAAAAUUAGGAGCAAGACCAAUGUUGGGAAGCAAGAAGGAGAAACAUAAAGGUGGUCAUGGCAAGACAAAUCAGAAUUCUCCAAGAGACGCACAAAGGUCAAAAGUUCAGACGAAUCCUCAAAAGUUAGAAAAUCCUAGUUCUCAAAAAUCAAAUGAUAAGUUUGAUUUCCAUCAAGGUUAUAGACCUAAUUCUGCAUCUAAUACCCCUUAUAGAAAUGAAGGUAAGCCAGGAAGUAGACCAGGGUCUGGGAAAUCAAGCAGACUAGAAGGUCAGUCAAGAUCAGAAAAUAGGCCAGGGUCAGGGUCACCAUACAGACAGGAAAUAAGAAAUACAAACAACCAGUAUAGAAACAAUGGUAGAGAUCAUGGUCAACCUUCUCCGGGACAAGGACAGUCUAAAAGAGACAGAACUGGGAACAGACAAAAUCAGCAGUACAGAAAUACACCUUGUGGAAAGGGAAAUAACUCCACAUCUAAAGAAAAUCAGAAAUCUCAAAGACAGGGGGACCGGAAUACACCAAGGAACUACCAGAAUAAGACAAAACAGCCUCCUUUUGAACCAUACAUGUCACCUGAAGAUUUACAGAGAGGACUAAAGUUAGGACAUAUUAUACAGGGUCCAAUCAGAAUCAAUCCCAAGAAUUAUGAAGAUGCCUAUAUACCUCACCCAGAUGGUGUAUCAGACAUAUUUAUUUGUGGUAUGAAGGAGAGAAACCGAGCUUUGAAUGGUGACAUAGUAGCUGUUGUAUUACAUGACAGGGAUAACUGGAAGAUACAUGUUAAAAAUCUUAAAGAUCUUGAAGAAAAACAUCAGGAAGUUGAAUCCAGUAGCAAACCAAAUGAUGAUAGUCAGUCAGAGGUCACCCCAAGGACAGAAGGUCAAGGUGAAUCAGACAGUGAACCAGAUGUUAUUAUAGAAAGUGAAGAAAUAAUAGAUUUGACCACUAAUAGCAUAAGUGAGAGCCAAUCAGCAGCAAAUUUAUCUAUAUCAUCUGAACAGAAUAUUGACCAAUCAUGUGACAACAAAUCAAUAACUGCUGAUGAGCUUCCUGUGUCAUCAUUAGCGACUAAAAGUGUCUCAUCUGCAUUCUGUACUGACAGUCAGGAAAAUGCUUCUACUGAAUUGAAAAAUGUCCAAGAUGUUACAAAUCAGUUAGGAGACAUUUCUAUUGACGCUAAAGACAUGAAAACAAUUAACUCAGUUCCAAAUACACCACAAAAUGAUAACAACAUGAGUGGUACUCCUUUGACAGAUACAUCAACUGCUCCACACAGUAAGACAGAGGAUAAGAAAGAUAGACGUUCACAAAGGGGCCGAAAUUCUUCUCAGAAAAAUUAUUCUACGUUACAGGAAGUAAUGAAAGAAGGAAGUGACGUGGUUAAAAAUCUCUUCACCACUGAUGAUACAGUCAAAUCUAACUCGGCUAACCGAGUUUUACAGAGAACUGGAAAGGUUGUAGCUAUCAUUGAACCUAAGCAUUCUAGAGCCUGUACUGGACAUAUUCAUUUAAUGGCUGACAGAAAUCCUGAUACAGCUUUGUUCAAACCUCUUGACUACAGGUUACCUAGAAUUAUGAUCCCUAUGAACAAUUGUCCUAAAGAUUUCACCUUUAGGCCAGAAGAUCAUGUCAACACUCUGUUUAUAUGUAGAAUAACCGAAUGGAAGGAAGACUCUAUGUUUGCUCACGGAGAAUUAAUGAGGAGUUUAGGAGAAGCAGGGGAAAUAGAACCAGAAACAGAAGGAAUCCUGAUAGAAAAUGAUGUAGAUUACUCAGAAUUUACUGAGGAGAUGUUGAGUACCUUGCCAGUACAUUCAUUACCAUGGCAGAUCCCUGAUGCUGAGAUCACUAAACGGAGAGAUUUCCGUCAACAAUGUGUGUUUACUAUAGACCCUGCGACAGCAAGAGAUCUAGAUGAUGCUCUGUCUUGUGAGAAACUGGAUGAUGGUACUUACAACGUAGGAGUACAUAUAGCUGAUGUCAGUUAUUUCCUGAAAGAAGAUACAUCAUUAGAUAAGAGAGCCAGAUUCAGGGCUACAAGUGUUUAUCUAGUUCAGAAGGUCAUUCCUAUGUUACCCAGAAUUCUAUGUGAAGAGUUGUGUAGUUUGAAUCCAAACCAAGAUAGACUGACAUUCUCUGUUGUAUGGAAUAUGUCAGAGAAAGGGGAGAUAUAUGGAGAAUGGUUUGGCAGAACUGUGAUCAGAUCUUGUGUAAAACUUAGCUAUCAACAUGCUCAGGGGUUUAUAGAGGAACCAGAUAGAGUGUGGACAGAGGAAGAAUUGCCACCUAUAUCUGAUGGAUAUCCAAUCAGUCAAAUCAAAGACACUGUACAUAGUUUACAAAUGAUAGCUAAGAAUUUACGGAAGGCCAGAUUUGAUGAAGGAGCCUUAAGAUUGGACCAAGUGAAGUUACAGUUUACAUUAGAUAAAGAUACAGGAAUGCCUAAUGGAUACAGUGUGUAUAAACAAAAAGAUAGUAAUAGGUUGGUAGAGGAAUUUAUGUUGCUUGCUAAUAUGGCAGUUGCUCACAAGAUAAAGAAAGAUUUUCCGGAUAAAGCAUUCUUAAGACGACAUCCCCCACCACAAUCCAAAAUGGUGGAUGAUUUGGUUGAACUGUGCAAUAAUUUAGGAUUCCCUAUUGAUCCUUCGUCAGCAGGUACACUACAGAGAUCUUUGUGGAGAUAUGCUGAUGAUGAUAACAUGUCUGUUGCCAGGAUGCAGGUGCUUGUCAGUAUGUGUUCUAAACCAAUGCAGAAUGCUAAGUAUUUCUGUACUGGAUGUAUUGAUGAUGAAGAACUUUAUCGUCACUAUGCACUGAAUGUCCCCCUAUAUACACAUUUCACUAGUCCAAUUAGACGAUAUGCUGAUGUAAUGGUCCACAGGAAUUUAGCUGCUGCUUUAGGUUACUCUGAUCUGAGUGAAAAGUCUAUGGUUGCCAUACAGAGCAUUGCUGAGAACUGUAACGACAGAAAGACUAACAGUAAACGAGCAUCAGAACUUAGUUCAGAACUGUUCUUUGCUGUCUUCGUCAAAACUGCUGGUCCGUUUGAAGAAACAGGCAUGGUGAUGGGUGUAUUAGACAAGGCCUUUGAUGUCUUCAUACUGAAGUUUGGUGUGACAAAGAGGGUGUACUGUGAUAAACUAGCUAUUAAAGAUAAAUUGCAUACAAAAGAACAGAAAAAUCCAAUAUUAACGUUAUACUGGGAACCAACAGAAGAAAAUGGUACCGGAGCAGUACAGAAAAUAUCUAUAUUUACUAUAGUUACCUGUGUAUUAAAACCAGGGGAAUUACCUCUACAGUGGAUGGCCAUCAUAAAACCACCUGCAGUCUGAAAGUAUAAAACUGAAAGUUCAAAAAUGGUAUAACUGUUGAAGGAAUAGCAGAGCAUGAGAAAACUGGCAAUGGAAGAAAUGAAGAUGUGUACUAAACAUAGAAAUAUUACAUAUCCAAAAAAAGAAUAGAAAUAUCAUAAACAGUGCUUAUUUUAUGCUCUUAACUUCAUGAUAGAUUUGAAAAAAAUGCUGUUUUACUUUGAAAUAUCUUUAUUUGUGCAAGUUUUCAAGUGACAUGUGAAAUAAAGUUGGAAUAAAAAAUGUAAUGUAGAUUUGGAAAAGAUCUUUUCAAUGAUCAGUAUUGAAACAAAUACACUAUUGACUUUUAUAGCUCUGACCUGGUGCUAAUUGCUGAUUCGUAGUUUUUUUUUAUCAUUGACCUCAAACUAAAAUUCAUUUAAGGUAUUUAAAACACUUAAUUUUUCAUAAUUUCUUUUUCAUUGUAAAGUUAAAUGUAUAUAAAUUAAAAAUUGAGGAAAAUUCUAGUUCAUCUUACUCACUUUUUGCAAUUUUUGUAUAGCUUAGGAAAAUCAUCAUUUGGUGAAUUAAAACUUUUAUACAGAAAACAUAGGGAGGGAUACAAGUUAUUUUUGUUUAUUUGACAAAAUUACCUGUAUUUUAUAAUGGUUGAUUUUGAUCAUUAUCUCCCCUUAAAUUAAACAGUAAUAUAUAUAGCAAAGAAUAAAAUCAUCUGGCAAAACUACAGAUAAUUUGAUAUUUCUAUAAAUCUAUACAUGUAUUUCAAAUUUUUGAAAAGGAUUUGUGUAAGAAUAUGAAGUGUGAUGUUUAAGAAAUUAUAUUUUCAAGAUAGUAUCAACAAGUUCUAAAUUGAACUUUAUUGUAAGUGAAUUAGAAAAAAUGAUAAAUAUAUAAUUUGAAUAUCCAAAGCUGAAAUAUACAAUUUGUCAGCUCCCAUUGAUUCCCAUAGGUAUCUAGGUCACCAUUGUUUAUUAACCUAAUUAUAUGGAAUUAAUUGUACUUUAAAAGUUUUGUGUCUCUUUUCCAAAAAUUGUCUUACGAUUGAAAUUGAUCGCAAGUUAUAUUGAAAUGUUCAAGUUUUACAAGUAUUUUUAUUCAAUUUAUCUCAGACUUUUUUGUGAAAAGAGUGGCUAAAUGAGAAGAAUUGAUAACAUAACUGAUAAUUUUGUAUUGAUAGCAUUGACAGGUUGAGCUAUUGUUAAAGAUUGGAAUUUGUUUAGAUUUUAAUGUAACUAAAUGAAUUAAUGUCAAAUAGAUGAUGCAAUUAAAUUAUUAAACCUAUACCAUA